UCAGAGUCAAAAAUUAUAAAGUAAACACAUUGUCGUAUGACUUCCUUUUAGAUUCAUUUCGUGAACAAAACUCCCACAUGACAAACGAAGGUUGGAGAACAGUCGCAGGCUGACGAGGAUCCGGAGAAAGAGUGGCAAAGUUACAUGCGGAUACAUGUCUAUAUAAGCAAUAUCCAGACCAUGACCAACGUCAAUAUCCUGGUACUGUUGUCUAUCGCUGCGAUACAAGUCUGCAGUGGACUCCGUACCCGCCUUGUUCCUGGUCCUAAUGCCGGACGUCUCGAGGUCUACUAUGGGGGAUCAUGGGGAACGGUGUGUGAUGAUCGAUUUGGUCAACCCGAUGCUGAGGUAGCCUGUAGAGGACUUGGACUUGGGCUAAAACAUGUCUAUGUCAAGGGUUUAGCUUAUUUCGGACAAGGCAGUGGCAACAUCGUGAUGGAUGAUGUUGGAUGCAGUGGCACUGAAACCUCCAUAGACUUAUGUUCACACAGAGGGUGGAACUCUCACAACUGUCACCAUUCCGAGGACGUUGGUGUAGCUUGUUUCGCAGACAGUUCCGGGAUUCAGAAGCAUACCAACGUUUCAUUAGACUUGAGCACUGUGCGGGUCUUCUCAGGAAGUACCGUUACGAUCAUGUGCAGUGUACGUUCUAUAGUGGACGGUCCAUACUCCUUGACAUGGUCUACCAAUGGCUCAAGUUUCGGAACAUCCUCUACCUUUAACUGGCGGCUUGUAAACGUGGACAAUAAUCAAACACUGACGUGUCUUGUGGACAAAGAUGGACAAAGAUUAGGAAAUGCGUCUAUUUUCCUGUCUGUUUUGUACCCUCCGGUCGUGUCCUGUCAACGGGAAUAUCAUGUCCCAUAUGAUACAUCUGUGACAAUCAGUUGUUCAGUGGAUGCCUCGCCCCAGCAUGACAGUAUUUCCUGGUGGCAGACAACUCCGACCAGACAACUACUUGGGACAGGAACAUCGUCAUCAUUCACUAUGGAGAGGGUCACAGCUUCACAAUCCAUUGUUUGUACGGUUGUAAACACAAUGGUGAAUAAUGAGGGUGAAAACCGAACUGGGAACACUUCCUGUGAAAUGAACAUCAGAGUACAACCUUUCCGUACCCGUCUUGCACAAGGGUCAGCUAGUGGGCGACUUGAGGUGUAUAGUCGGACGUGGGGAACAGUCUGCAGCAACAACUUCGAUGACAAUGAUGCCAGGGUAGCCUGUAGAGGACUUGACCUGCCUACUUCAUAUUCGUAUGCUGUAUCAGGCGCAUUCUUUGCAAGUGGAUCAGGACCUGUCUUGUUCAACUAUAACGGAUGUGACGGAAAUGAGUCAUCACUUAAUACCUGUCCACGACAUGAUUCAAGUGAUUCACCCUGCACACACGAGGAUGUCGGGGUCCUUUGUGCUGAGCGUUUUGCGGAUGUUCUGACGUUUAUCACGGUAACGACAAACGUCAGUCGGAUUCGAGUUAUGUCAGGAACUAAGGUACAUGUUGGUUGUACCGUGAAAACGCCACUCAAGUCACCUUUUACAUACUCAUGGACUAUAGAUGGAGUCAUUCGGGGAUUCUCUCACACCUUUAUUGGAAUCAUCUGCAACAUAGACCAUGGUAAAACACUGAAAUGUAGUGUGCGCAAAGACGACAUCUUGCUUGGUGUAUCCACUAUUUCACUACAAGUUUUGUAUCCGCCUAAAGUACACUGCCCUGAAGAGUACACCAUGCUGCAAAAUAUCUCCGCUAACAUCAACUGUUCUGCCGAUGCUUUUCCUGCACCAAAUGCCAUCAACUGGAUAGAGAAAGCAUCAAACAUGACUGUCAUGACUGCCGACAACGUUUCAACUGCUACUCUUACUAUAUCAGAUCAUGGAAUGUAUGUAUGUAGUGCAAGCAACAAGAUGGUAGAUUCCAAUGGUGUGAUUCGUACUGGAACAGGAUCCUGCAGGGUCAAAGUCGUUGUAAUGUAUCCACCACCUCCUUUAAAGUCAGCAAAAGUGGACGUAUUUGAAGGUGUCAGUGUCAACUUGUCACGCCUGAUCUCGUCUAACCCUUCACCACAUCUCUACAGUUGGAAGAGGAGUACAGAGUCAGAUUUUAAUACAGGGACGCCAGUGCUAGCCGAUAUACAGAGAACAGAUGCUGGAACUUACAUCAUCAAAGCUACGAACAUCAUGAACCUCUCACAGGGUGGUCCUCAGAAAGGGCAUGGUGUGCUGAUGCUCACCGUUAAUGUUCUGUAUCCGCCUAAAGUACACUGCCCUGAAGAGUACACCAUGCUGCAAAAUAUCUCCGCUAACAUCAACUGUUCUGCCGAUGCUUUUCCUGCACCAAAUGCCAUCAACUGGAUAGAGAAAGCAUCAAACAUGACUGUCAUGACUGCUGACAACGUUUCAACUGCUACUCUUACUAUAUCAGAUCAUGGAAUGUAUGUAUGUAGUGCAAGCAACAAGAUGGUAGAUUCCAAUGGUGUGAUUCGUACUGGAACAGGAUCCUGCAGGGUCAAAGUCGUUGAAAUGUAUCCACCACCUCCUUUAAAGUCAGCAAAAGUGGACGUAUUUGAAGGUGUCAGUGUCAACUUGUCACGCCUGAUCUCGUCUAACCCUUCACCACAUCUCUACAGUUGGAAGAGGAGUACAGAGUCAGAUUUUAAUACAGGGACGCCAGUGCUAGCCGAUAUACAGAGAACAGAUGCUGGAACUUACAUCAUCAAAGCUACGAACAUCAUGAACCUCUCACAGGGUGGUCCUCAGAAAGGGCAUGGUGUGCUGAUGCUCACCGUUAAUGUUCUGUAUCCGCCUAAAGUACACUGCCCUGAAGAGUACACCAUGCUGCAAAAUAUCUCCGCUAACAUCAACUGUUCUGCCGAUGCUUUUCCUGCACCAAAUGCCAUCAACUGGAUAGAGAAAGCAUCAAACAUGACUGUCAUGACUGCUGACAACGUUUCAACUGCUACUCUUACUAUAUCAGAUCAUGGAAUGUAUGUAUGUAGUGCAAGCAACAAGAUGGUAGAUUCCAAUGGUGUGAUUCGUACUGGAACAGGAUCCUGCAGGGUCAAAGUCGUUGAAAUGUAUCCACCACCUCUUUUAAUGUCAGCAAAAGUGGACGUAUUUGAAGGUGUCAGUGUCAACUUGUCACGCCUGAUCUCGUCUAACCCUUCACCACAUCUCUACAGUUGGAAGAGGAGUACAGAGUCAGAUUUUAAUACAGGGACGCCAGUGCUAGACGAUAUACAGAGAACAGAUGCUGGAACUUACAUCAUCAAAGCUACGAACAUCAUGAACCUCUCACAGGGAGGUCCUCAGAAAGGGCAUGGUGUGCUGAUGCUCACCGUUAAUGUUCUGUAUGCGCCUAAAGUACACUGCUCUGAAGAGUACACCAUGCUGCAAAAUAUCUCCUCUAACAUCAACUGUUCUGCCGAUGCUUUUCCUGCACCAAAUGCCAUCAACUGGAUAGAGAAAGCAUCAAACAUGACUGUCAUGACUGCCGACAACGUUUCAACUGCUACUCUCACUAUAUCAGAUCAUGGAAUGUAUGUAUGUAGUGCAAGCAACAAGAUGGUAGAUUCCAAUGGUGUGAUUCGUACUGGAACAGGAUCCUGCAGGGUCAAAGUCGUUGUAAUGUAUCCACCACCUCCUUUAAUGUCAGCAAAAGUGGACGUAUUUGAAGGUGUCAGUGUCAACUUGUCACGCCUGAUCUCGUCUUACCCUUCACCACAUCUCUACAGUUGGAAGAGGAGUACAGAGUCAGAUUUUAAUACAGGGACGCCAGUGCUAGCCGAUAUACAGAGAACAGAUGCUGGAACUUACAUCAUCAAAGCUACGAACAUCAUGAACCUCUCACAGGGUGGUCCUCAGAAAGGGCAUGGUGUGCUGAUGCUCACCGUUAAUGUUCUGUAUGCGCCUAAAGUACACUGCCCUGAAGAGUACACCAUGCUGCAAAAUAUCUCCGCUAACAUCAACUGUUCUGCCGAUGCUUUUCCUGCACCAAAUGCCAUCAACUGGAUAGAGAAAGCAUCAAACAUGACUGUCAUGACUGCUGACAACGUUUCAACUGCUACUCUUACUAUAUCAGAUCAUGGAAUGUAUGUAUGUAGUGCAAGCAACAAGAUGGUAGAUUCCAAUGGUGUGAUUCGUACUGGAACAGGAUCCUGCAGGGUCAAAGUCGUUGUAAUGUAUCCACCACCUCUUUUAAUGUCAGCAAAAGUGGACGUAUUUGAAGGUGUCAGUGUCAACUUGUCACGCCUGAUCUCGUCUAACCCUUCACCACAUCUCUACAGUUGGAAGAGGAGUACAGAGUCAGAUUUUAAUACAGGGACGCCAGUGCUAGCCGAUAUACAGAGAACAGAUGCUGGAACUUACAUCAUCAAAGCUACGAACAUCAUGAACCUCUCACAGGGAGGUCCUCAGAAAGGGCAUGGUGUGCUGAUGCUCACCGUUAAUGUUCUGUAUGCGCCUAAAGUACACUGCCCUGAAGAGUACACCAUGCUGCAAAAUAUCUCCUCUAACAUCAACUGUUCUGCCGAUGCUUUUCCUGCACCAAAUGCCAUCAACUGGAUAGAGAAAGCAUCAAACAUGACUGUCAUGACUGCCGACAACGUUUCAACUGCUACUCUUACUAUAUCAGAUCAUGGAAUGCAUGUAUGUAGUGCAAGCAACAAGAUGGUAGAUUCCAAUGGUGUGAUUCGUACUGGAACAGGAUCCUGCAGGGUCAAAGUCGUUGUAAUGUAUCCACCACCUCUUUUAAUGUCAGCAAAAGUGGACGUAUUUGAAGGUGUCAGUGUCAACUUGUCACGCCUGAUCUCGUCUAACCCUUCACCACAUCUCUACAGUUGGAAGAGGAGUACAGAGUCAGAUUUUAAUACAGGGACGCCAGUGCUAGCCGAUAUACAGAGAACAGAUGCUGGAACUUACAUCAUCAAAGCUACGAACAUCAUGAACCUCUCACAGGGAGGUCCUCAGAAAGGGCAUGGUGUGCUGAUGCUCACCGUUAAUGUUCUGUAUGCGCCUAAAGUACACUGCCCUGAAGAGUACACCAUGCUGCAAAAUAUCUCCUCUAACAUCAACUGUUCUGCCGAUGCUUUUCCUGCACCAAAUGCCAUCAACUGGAUAGAGAAAGCAUCAAACAUGACUGUCAUGACUGCCGACAACGUUUCAACUGCUACUCUUACUAUAUCAGAUCAUGGAAUGUAUGUAUGUAGUGCAAGCAACAAGAUGGUAGAUUCCAAUGGUGUGAUUCGUACUGGAACAGGAUCCUGCAGGGUCAAAGUCGUUGUAAUGUAUCCACCACCUCUUUUAAUGUCAGCAAAAGUGGACGUAUUUGAAGGUGUCAGUGUCAACUUGUCACGCCUGAUCUCGUCUAACCCUUCACCACAUCUCUACAGUUGGAAGAGGAGUACAGAGUCAGAUUUUAAUACAGGGACGCCAGUGCUAGACGAUAUACAGAGAACAGAUGCUGGAACUUACAUCAUCAAAGCUACGAACAUCAUGAACCUCUCACAGGGUGGUCCUCAGAAAGGGCAUGGUGUGCUGAUGCUCACCGUUAAUGUUCUGUAUCCGCCUAAAGUACACUGCCCUGAAGAGUACACCAUGCUGCAAAAUAUCUCCGCUAACAUCAACUGUUCUGCCGAUGCUUUUCCUGCACCAAAUGCCAUCAACUGGAUAGAGAAAGCAUCAAACAUGACUGUCAUGACUGCUGACAACGUUUCAACUGCUACUCUUACUAUAUCAGAUCAUGGAAUGUAUGUAUGUAGUGCAAGCAACAAGAUGGUAGAUUCCAAUGGUGUGAUUCGUACUGGAACAGGAUCCUGCAGGGUCAAAGUCGUUGAAAUGUAUCCACCACCUCCUUUAAAGUCAGCAAAAGUGGACGUAUUUGAAGGUGUCAGUGUCAACUUGUCACGCCUGAUCUCGUCUAACCCUUCACCACAUCUCUACAGUUGGAAGAGGAGUACAGAGUCAGAUUUUAAUACAGGGACGCCAGUGCUAGCCGAUAUACAGAGAACAGAUGCUGGAACUUACAUCAUCAAAGCUACGAACAUCAUGAACCUCUCACAGGGUGGUCCUCAGAAAGGGCAUGGUGUGCUGAUGCUCACCGUUAAUGUUCUGUAUCCGCCUAAAGUACACUGCCCUGAAGAGUACACCAUGCUGCAAAAUAUCUCCGCUAACAUCAACUGUUCUGCCGAUGCUUUUCCUGCACCAAAUGCCAUCAACUGGAUAGAGAAAGCAUCAAACAUGACUGUCAUGACUGCUGACAACGUUUCAACUGCUACUCUUACUAUAUCAGAUCAUGGAAUGUAUGUAUGUAGUGCAAGCAACAAGAUGGUAGAUUCCAAUGGUGUGAUUCGUACUGGAACAGGAUCCUGCAGGGUCAAAGUCGUUGAAAUGUAUCCACCACCUCUUUUAAUGUCAGCAAAAGUGGACGUAUUUGAAGGUGUCAGUGUCAACUUGUCACGCCUGAUCUCGUCUAACCCUUCACCACAUCUCUACAGUUGGAAGAGGAGUACAGAGUCAGAUUUUAAUACAGGGACGCCAGUGCUAGACGAUAUACAGAGAACAGAUGCUGGAACUUACAUCAUCAAAGCUACGAACAUCAUGAACCUCUCACAGGGAGGUCCUCAGAAAGGGCAUGGUGUGCUGAUGCUCACCGUUAAUGUUCUGUAUGCGCCUAAAGUACACUGCUAUGAAGAGUACACCAUGCUGCAAAAUAUCUCCUCUAACAUCAACUGUUCUGCCGAUGCUUUUCCUGCACCAAAUGCCAUCAACUGGAUAGAGAAAGCAUCAAACAUGACUGUCAUGACUGCCGACAACGUUUCAACUGCUACUCUCACUAUAUCAGAUCAUGGAAUGUAUGUAUGUAGUGCAAGCAACAAGAUGGUAGAUUCCAACGGUGUGAUUCGUACUGGAACAGGAUCCUGCAGGGUCAAAGUCGUUGUAAUGUAUCCACCACCUCCUUUAAUGUCAGCAAAAGUGGACGUAUUUGAAGGUGUCAGUGUCAACUUGUCACGCCUGAUCUCGUCUUACCCUUCACCACAUCUCUACAGUUGGAAGAGGAGUACAGAGUCAGAUUUUAAUACAGGGACGCCAGUGCUAGCCGAUAUACAGAGAACAGAUGCUGGAACUUACAUCAUCAAAGCUACGAACAUCAUGAACCUCUCACAGGGUGGUCCUCAGAAAGGGCAUGGUGUGCUGAUGCUCACCGUUAAUGUUCUGUAUGCGCCUAAAGUACACUGCCCUGAAGAGUACACCAUGCUGCAAAAUAUCUCCGCUAACAUCAACUGUUCUGCCGAUGCUUUUCCUGCACCAAAUGCCAUCAACUGGAUAGAGAAAGCAUCAAACAUGACUGUCAUGACUGCUGACAACGUUUCAACUGCUACUCUUACUAUAUCAGAUCAUGGAAUGUAUGUAUGUAGUGCAAGCAACAAGAUGGUAGAUUCCAAUGGUGUGAUUCGUACUGGAACAGGAUCCUGCAGGGUCAAAGUCGUUGUAAUGUAUCCACCACCUCUUUUAAUGUCAGCAAAAGUGGACGUAUUUGAAGGUGUCAGUGUCAACUUGUCACGCCUGAUCUCGUCUAACCCUUCACCACAUCUCUACAGUUGGAAGAGGAGUACAGAGUCAGAUUUUAAUACAGGGACGCCAGUGCUAGCCGAUAUACAGAGAACAGAUGCUGGAACUUACAUCAUCAAAGCUACGAACAUCAUGAACCUCUCACAGGGUGGUCCUCAGAAAGGGCAUGGUGUGCUGAUGCUCACCGUUAAUGUUCUGUAUGCGCCUAAAGUACACUGCCCUGAAGAGUACACCACGCUGCAAAAUAUCUCCUCUAACAUCAACUGUUCUGCUGAAGCUUUUCCUGCACCAAAUGCCAUCAACUGGAUAGAGAAAGCAUCAAACAUGACUGUCAUGACUGCCGACAACGUUUCAACUGCUACUCUUACUAUAUCAGAUCAUGGAAUGUAUGUAUGUAGUGCAAGCAACAAGAUGGUAGAUUCCAAUGGUGUGAUUCGCACUGGAACAGGAUCCUGCAGGGUCAAAGUCGUUGUAAUGUAUCCACCACCUCCUUUAAAGUCAGCAAAAGUGGACGUAUUUGAAGGCACCAGUGUCAACUUGUCACGCCUGAUCUCGUCUAACCCUUCACCACAUCUCUACAGUUGGAAGAGGAGUACAGAGUCAGAUUUUAAUACAGGGACGCCAGUGCUAGACGAUAUACAGAGAACAGAUGCUGGAACUUACAUCAUCAAAGCUACGAACAUCAUGAACCUCUCACAGGGUGGUCCUCAGGAAGGGCAUGGUGUGCUGAUGCUCACCGUUAAUGUUCUGUAUGCUCCAGUUGUCCACUGCCUGAAGGAGUGCGCAGUACCAAAAAGCAAAACACACACUCUUUCCUGCUCUGUGGAGGGCUUCCCAAUGUCUCAUCUCUUUAAAUGGAUACAAGAGUCUUCAAACAAGACGAUUAUAACUGGGAAUAGUCCUCCUAGUGUCAAGGUCUCAGAUGAUGGAGUGUAUGUCUGCACUGCUACCAACACAAUGACAGACUUCCGUGGAGUUAGUCAAACUCGAACCGGAACCUGCAGGAUCAAUAUUACCAUGAUACAAACUGAGGAGAAAGCAGCUCCGGAAACAUCAGGGUCAGACACAGAUGUGUCCGCCAUUGCUCUUCCCUUGUAUGCCAUCUACGUCACUGGAGGUGCAUUUGGUGGUGUCUGCAUAAUAAAUAUCAUCUUGAUCUUCAUCCUCUGUAAGAAGAAACAAAACAACAGUUCUACCAAUGGUAGACUGGAAAAGAAAAUCAAUAACAUACCACUCACGGAGUCAGCUGGGGAGUCGCCGCAGAUGCUCAGUCUGAUGUGACAAUGGGCCACACGACGGACCCUCUCGUUUUAUCUUUCAGCAAUAUGCAUGAUUUCUUGGUUAUGUAAAUGUGGUUUGGGUUGAUUAGGGAAUGUGAUUUUCAUUGUCAAUGUAGGUCUUUCACAUUUAAUAUUGACUUCUGCAUGGUGUAUAAACGUAUAAUAAUGCUUUUGUGUAAUUUUUUACUUAUUUGAUUUAUGUUAUCAAACUGAGGUGAGGUGAAAUUUGGUUUAACGUCUCGUCCAAGAUUAUUGCGCUUAUAUAGCGACGUGCAUGCACGUGUGUGUGGCUGCUUGUACUAGUCCGGACUGAUGA